AUUCUCAUCGUAUUUUCUCCAAAACUAAUUCCUCAACAUAUCUGUUUAGAUCUUUGUUGAUCGGGAGAACGGAAACGAUAGGAUAGAAAUUGCGCUGUGGACGGAAAUAAUCGGCGGGCGAAUCUCCGAUCAAAAUUUCCGGAGAGGACUGAGGAGAAGUCAGAGAGAGAGGGCGAGAAGGGAGAUGAGAUCUGGCCGGUCCUGAAUGGACACCCUAACUGGCAACUUCAUUGAUCCCGCGCUAUCUCGGCGGAGGCAGGGUGCUUCGGCGGGGCUUGCUUUUUCCGGUGGUUAAACUGCCGGUCAAGCGGCGGGGCCCGGUUUCGGCUUUUAGGGUUUCGCUUGACGUUUAAAGUUGGGGAUGGGAACGGCGUCCGAGGGUUCCGAUGAAGGAGGGGUCGCAGGCGACUGUGGUGUUGGGACGAUUGUGUGGGUGCGUCGUCGUAACGGAUCGUGGUGGCCUGGGAGGAUUCUGGGUUCAGAAGACUUUGCUGAGUCGCACGUCAUGUCGUCGAGGCCAGGAACGCCGGUGAAGCUUCUUGGGAGAGAGGACGCCAGCGUAGAUUGGUAUAAUUUAGAGAAAUCCAAACGCGUCAAGCCAUUCCGAUGUGGGGAGUUUGAUGCAUUUAUAGAAAGGGCUGAGGCCUCUCAUAGUAUUCCUAUUAAGAAAAGGGAGAAAUAUGCACGUCGGGAAGAUGCCAUUCUGCAUGCUCUUGAACUUGAAAAACAACAGCUUGAAAUGCAGCAGGAAAGCAAAGCUAUCUCAUGCCAUGCAGGUCAUAAAACUUUAGGCUUAUCAGAAAGAGAAUCAAAUCAUUACUCUUCUGAAGUUUAUGUUUCGGGCUUACCAGCAAACCAGGAAUCUCAAACAUCUUCCAGGAAGAUAUCUUCAUUACUGGAUGAAUGCCAUCUUGACCAUCCAUUGCCUAUACAUAGAAACAGAAAGGUUAAGACAAGCAUUAGUGAGGAUUACAAGAAUGAAAUUUCAACUCAUAUUAAUGUAGAAGAUGUCAGUCCUGAAGUUGUUAAGUCGAAAGGAAAGCUCUUUCUUUCUGUUGCUGGGGGGAAUUCUGAUAUUACUGAUGAUGAUCACAGUGAUUUGCUUCCUCACGGUGGACUUAACUCUGGAUAUAUAAGUCAAGCAGCGAUUGACAACAAUUUCUCUGCUUCUAAAAGGAAAAAUCUUCUGCCUGGUGCAAUUAAUGACAAUCCUGCUAAAAAACGGGCUAGGCGUCGCCCUCUUGUCAAAGUUUUACUGAAUAGUACAAAGUUAUCGGUUUCUCAUUCCUUUCGGCCCCACCAAGAUCUCGGUGGUGACACAAUGCCUACAGAAGAACACUUUAUCAACAUAGCCCAUGAUGCACAGAAGAACAGCACCAUACAUUCGUCACCCGAUGCUGAUGAUCUUUUAGAUUAUUCCAGCCAUUCAUGGAAAAAAACACCUGCGGAUUCUGGGAAUGCUUACCAGCUGCAACAAACUGGUUGCAUAUCGAAUGAGAGCACACCAUCUAGAUGGACUGAAGAAAAUGAUUUCGAUUCUUCUGCAACAGAUUCUGAACUUGAGAUGGCUGGAGCAAAACUUAGAUCAGGUGUCACUCAACCUUUAAAACAGACUGGUGAAAGUUCUAUUGAGAGGGGCAUGUCACACUGGCAUCUCAAAGGAAAGCGCAACAAUCGAAUUAUAUCAAAGAGGCUCCAUGAAUAUGCGGAUGGAAAGAACAUAGGCGGCCCAGAUAAAUUGAAUGUUCAAUUUAGAGAAACAUCACCUGAAGGCAAGACAACAACUUCCUACAACAUUGGUAAAUUUGACUCGGCAGCAACACCUACUGCAACUGGACCAGAAUUUUCAUCUGAAAAAGAGAUUUUUUAUGAUACAGAGGAGGAGAUGUUUACUGGAUUAGGGAACAAGAGAGAUGACUUGGAGAGACAACAUAGUGAUUUUAUUGAUUCAGAUGAUGACCAACAGUUGAUAUCUGAGCCAGGCUGGGGAACUGUGAGACCAUUUCAGAUGUGGAAGGCAUACUGGGAAGAUCCUGGAUAUAAUCUUGACCAAUUUUACACCACCCCUUUUAGCUACAGAAUGAUCCCAAUGUUGAUAGAUGUAGAUUUGAAGGUUCAAGCAAGAUAUCAAGGAGAGCAUGUCCCUUUGGUUUCUCUAAUGAGCAAGCUAAAUGGCAUGGCAAUUGUAGGGCAUCCUGUCCAUAUUGAAGUGCUAGAAGAUGGAUCUACUGAUCUGCUUCUUCCAUCAAAUGAGUUUGAAGAAACAGCAGCAGCUCCACCUAUAUGGAAAACUGCUAAAAGAACUUCCAUGCACAGGCUCCCUCGAUCAAAUGCCGAUCGAUCAAACAACUCAUUCACCGAUGGAAAAUCUCAGUUGGACUUCUCGGCUCCAGAAGCGAAGAAGAAGAGAUUCUAUUAUGCUCACCGAUCCGCUUCAGGUAGGUUUCAGAGAAAACCUCUUAAAACAGUGAACUUAUCUUCCAGCCAGAAAACACGAGCACUCUCUUCUUUUGUUUCUGAGAAGAAACUCAAUAGUGGAAGUGCUGGCUUGGGUGGGUUGAUCGAAGCAGAUGGAUCAAUGCCUCUAGUAACAUGUAUACCUACCAAGGUGGUAUUCAGUAGGAUACUGGAAUCAGUUGGGAGGCCAUCUGCUGCUGUGGCUCGCCGAGCUAUAGUAGCCAGUGCUGCUGAUAAAGGUCAAUUUUAGUUAAAAUUUUCAUUCCAUCAUGAUUUUAAAUGUUAUUACUAGCAGUUGAUUACUGUUUGGCUUAAGGAUGAUUGGUGUCCUUAAGCACAAACAGUUUCAUUAAACAUGCUUGUCCAUCACAAUGAUUACUGAUCACUUGGCUAUAAAGCCUUGUGAUCUCCACCAUUGUACAUUGUUCUAAUCAGAGACCAUGUUUAAUUGAUUCAGAAGAGUUUUUUUGA